AUGACUGACCAGUCAUUCCCGGCAGCCCCUACUGCCUCCCCCGUGUUCGACAUGAUGAACGACUUCACGAGCGAGUAUCUGACCUCGCCGUACGAUGAUUCACCAUUAGACGAAUGGCUCAGUACCCCCGCUCUCGACUCCGCUGACAUCGGUUCGGACAUCCUCACGAGUCCAGCAAUCGCCGACACGGAUGAUUUCAAUGACUUCGGUGGCACAUCUCUCUUCGGCGAGUCGUUAGGGCUGACGAACGCGAUUUGCGAUCAAACUAAGGUCGCGCCACGUCCUGCCCCUGUUGGCCCACUGCCGACACCAUUCGACUUCAAUGACAUGUACCGCAUGCCAUCGCCAACCACUCCUGCCCUCGAUCCCAUGUCGCUCGACCGCUCGCCACACCUUUCCAAUGUUGCGCCACCUGCACCACCACGUCGACGAAACGCACCGACGGGCACGCGCAAGAAUAUCACCCCGGAGGCGCUAGUACCUCUCGACGCGCCCAUUCAGCCUCGCAAGUAUGUCACGCCAUCGGCCACGUCUCGAAAAGAGGUGCCUGCUGUCUUCGCUAAGAAGCGGUCAUUGUCUGUGGCGUUUGGCGAGGAUGGUGAGCAGGUAGACGCUGCGAACCUUCCUCUGUCCGACUUGGAAGCGAUCGAAGCCAAGCGGCGACAAAAUACGCUUGCCGCGCGACGCAGCCGAAAGCGCAAGCUCGAGUACCAGCGGGAGCUGGAGGUGAGCAUGGAGCAGGAGCGGGCGGAGAAGGAGAUGUGGAAGUCGCGGGCGAUCAUGUACGAGGCGCUGCUACACAGCCACGGACUCGAAGUCCCAUCGUUUGAUCCAUGA